AUGGAAUCUUACUAUAGCAUGAUGCGCGUCGUCGGUGGCAUGAAUGCGCAGCCAGGGUCCUGGCCCUGGAUUGUCAGCAUCCAGGUCCCCUGGCUAAUAGGCACCAAGCACUUAUGUGGAGGGUCCCUCAUCAGCCCACAGUGGGUCCUCACAGCAGCUCACUGCUUCAAAGACUCCGGCGAUAUCGAGCUGUGGCGUGUAGUGAUUGGUGCAACCCGCUUGUCUCAGCUGGGCCCUGAGACACAAGUGCGCAGCAUUAAGCAGCUAGUGGUGCACGAAUACUAUAAUAACCGCUCACAGAGAAAUGACAUUGCAUUGCUGGAAUUGGACCAACCUGUGCAGUGCAGCUACUAUAUACAGCUUGCGUGUGUGCCCGAUGCCUCGCUGAGAGUGUCAGAGCUGUCACCCUGCUACAUCAGUGGUUGGGGUGCCACACAGGAAGGAUCUAGGAGACGACCUGAUGUUCUGCAGGAGGCCAUGGUCCACCUCAUUGACACCCGCAUCUGUAACAGCAGCCAAUGGUAUGGCGGGCUUGUCAAGAACAGCAACUUGUGUGCUGGCUAUCAGCAAGGUACCAUCGACACUUGCCAGGUAGGAGAGUGCAACAAGUCAGCCCACAGCAGUGGGUGCA